AUGGAUACAUCUGGUGUGGAUCAACAAGGCACUGGUCAGAGACUGAGUGAAGUUUUGUGUGGUCUCAGAAUAGAGCAUCUCAAAGGGUUACUUUCAGAUAUCAUCACAAAUGUGCAAUCUCCUACAGCUACUGUUCAAGAACACUUUAUGUCAUUAUUAGCAAUGAGGGCUGAAAGAAUGAUUAUAAUCAACUAUUUAAAUAGAUGCAUUCAGCAAUCAUCCAUUACCCUUGUGGGAGAGCUUAUAUUCAAAGUUUCUGGUAUCUCAGAAAAAACUUGUGAUCUUGAUAAGGAAAAUGUCAUUGAUGCAAGCACUGCAGAGAGCUCUUGCUAUGCUUUAUUUUGUUUGUCAAUCAUUGAUACAAAUCUAGAAAGUAUUGGUGAUCAAUACUUCCUGAACAGAGUCCAAGAGAUACUUUCCAAACUGAUCAAGUCAAACAAUUGUUCUUUUGAGCAACAAGAGGUAUGGAAAAUUCCACCAAUGCUCAAUGAGAAGAUCAUGAAGAUGAUGUCAUAUCUAUUGUUUAACAUAUGGGACUCAAGGCCAUUAAUGAAACUAUCCCUAUGCUUCUGGAAGCCCUCUGGCAGCCUGGAGAGUCCUGGAAUGUCAUUGCAAGCACUUAAGGAGGUCAUGGAUGUCAGCAGUCUCUAUUUCUCAUUGUAUAUCAAUCUAACAUUUGAUUACAGGUUGGUCAAUGAUAUUGAAGAGUUGAACACUCUCAUGAUGGUGCUCUUGGGAUGGUCAGUAUAUUAUAGACAGCUUAUCUCUGCUGUGGAAGAUGAUUACAAGGAUGUUUAUGCAAGUGCCAUACAAACCAUUGACAUAUUCCUCAGAUCCAUUCCCAAAGAUAAACUUGAAUCAUUUGUGGUCCCCUUGUGGUGGAGUGUCAAGUCUACAGGUGCUCUGGGUCACUUUGUUCCUGGUUUUAGUGUCCCCAAAGCAGUUGGGCCUCUCAUUCCAGCCAUUAUUGCUGGUCUGACUACCAGUAGCAAUGAGCAGUGGGAACAAGCAGCAUAUGCUAUUGGUCAUCUCAUGGAUUAUAUGCAAGACACUGUGAUCAAACCAUUUGUGGUCUCUUUCACUGGCUUGCUGAUUUGA